UUAUCAAGGUUACCCAGGUAGUAAAUGGUAGAAAUGAGUUUCUAAUUCAGUCAGAUCUUUUUGAUUUCACUUAAGAGCCUUCUUUCUUAACAUCAUGAAGUGCUACCACUUGAAAUUUCCGUUUUGUUUGGUAUCACCUGCUUUAUCUCCAUCCUCAUGGCAGUUAUCAAGUAAAAAGGGGGCAGGAAGGUAUUUGUGUUAGUUAAGACUAUGUUGCUAGCACAGAAAGCCCAGCUACAAACUUAGAUCAAGUGCCCAUUCCCACAUGAAAAUUGUAGUUGGGGAAACAUCGUGCGUGGAUUGGCUUAGGACUGGAUGACGUACCAUUCAUGAACCAGAAACUGUGGCAAGGGGAAACGAGAUAACCCCGAUUGCAAUCCGGGCAGUUUCUGAGGCCAGGGAUGGGGACGAUCCCACCCAAAUUGAAUGGCUGCCACUGGAGGUGGGGAGGAGAAACGGGAAAACAAAAGCAUAAGAAGCUGAAGGAAAACAAAUCAGAAUCAAACAAACAGGAUCCUUCUUUUCCCAACAACCCAGUUAAACAUAACUAACACACAAAUGCAACUUAAAGAAAGGCCAUGGUUAAACUCCAAAUUUAUGGAAUUAAAAAAAAUUCCACUGUUGAUGGAUGAAAUGAAUUAUCUAUCGCUGUCUUGUAAAAAAUUACUCCAAAAUGUGGCUGCUUCAGAGAGCAGACACUUACUACCUCCCAGUUUCUGUGGAUCAGUACUCUGGGUGUGGCUCGGCGGGCUCAGCAUCUCUCAUGAGUCCAUCGUUGGCUAGGGAGGAUCUGCUUCCAAGCUCACGCAUGUGGUUGUUGGCAGGAUCCAGUUCCUUGUGGGUCAUUGGACUGAAGACAUUAAUUCCUAGCUGGCUGCUGGCUGGGGACCUCCCUCAGUUCCUUGCCAUGUGGGUCUCUCCUUAGGGCAGCUCACGACAUGGCACCUGGCUUCCAGCAGAGCAGGCAAACGAAAGAGUGAGAGAGGAUGCAUGAAAUGGAAGCUACAGUCGUUCAACAACCUAAUCGGCCACAUCUUAUUCUUUAGUGUGGUGAGUCAGUAAGUCCAACCCACACUGAAGGACAGAGAAUUAUACAAAAGCAUGAAUACCAAGCAGGAGGCAAGGGAAUAUUGGGGAUAGUAAUAGAAGCUGCCUACCAUAAGUGUGUGUUUGUGCAUGUGUGUGGAGGGGCGUGUUUGGGGGGUGGUGGUUGCACAUGGUACUGACAGAGAGUGUAUUGACUUCUUACUCAUUUUCCUGUGAGGAACAUUAGAGGGGUGAAACUGUAGUCAUGGUCCCUGAGAAAACAGAUGGCCUCAAACACUGGGGGUUUGAGGCCAGCUUAAUAAAGGGACUAUUUACGAAGAUGUGGACAAAUGUCUGAAUUACCCAGUGCUGCCAUAACAAAAUACCACAAAGCGGGUGGCUUUAAAGAGCAGAAAUUUAUUUACUCACAGUUCUGGAGGCUAAAAGUCGAAAUCAGGGUCUCAGCCAUGUUGAUUCCUUCUGUGGGCUGCUCCUCCAGUUUCUGGUGGUUGCUGGAAAUUCUUUACAUUCUUUUGCUGCUUAUAGAUGCAUCUGCCUCCAUUGUCAUGUGGUGUCUCCCCCUAUGUGUCUCUAUUCCCUUUUUAUACAGCACCAGAGAUUAGGUUUAGGAUCCACCCUCCUGUUGUAUGACAUCAUUAACAUGACAAAAACCUAUUUCCAGUCAGGGACACAUUCAUAGACGCAGGUGCUAAGACUACCAUGUAUCUUUGGGGACACAAUUCAACCCACAACAGCAAUUAUAGGGAAAUCUCAAGGAAUAGGGCAUUACUUCAAGGUUUAUCGCUUGCAGCCUGUCGUAUCACUUCCUGUAGGUCUGAAGCUGGAGGCCCUGGGUGGUAAAAAUGAUUAACAUGCUCAGCUGCUAACCAAAAGGUUGGAGGUUCCAGUCCACCCAGAAUCACCUUGGAAGAACGACCUGGGAAUUUACUGAAAAAAACCAGCCAUUGAAAAUCCCAUGGAGUACAAUUCUACUCUGAUACACAUGGGGUCACCAUGAGCUGGAGUCAACUUCUUCAACUGGAAGGUUCUGAAAAAGUUAAGGGGAAGAAGGAGUUCUCAGAGCCAGGAGAGAAUAUUUGUAGGCGAAGACCCCCUGAUGGGAGCUACCACAUUCUGUUAAGGGAUGCAGUCCACCUAUGGCAUCUCUAGAGGGAAGGUGCCAGGGGAGUAAAUAUCCUGAUCUCGCUCUUCUCCAUUCUCCGCUGACAUUAUCCACUGACUGAAUUCAGCUGGAAGCCAGAAGGCAAAGGAGUCCACUGAUGUAGUCAGUACCAGUCAACCUCCCCGAGUACACAAACCAAAACUCUUUGCCGUUGAGUCGAUUCUGAUGCAUAGAGACCCUAUAGGACAGGGUAGAACUGCCCCACAGGGUUUCCAAGGAGCAGCUGGUGGAUUUGAACUGCUGGCGUUUUGAUUAGAAGCUGAGUUCUUAACCACUGUGCCACCAAGGCUCCCCGGAGCACACAGUAGGGUGGAAAGAGUGGAGAUUGGACCUGGAAGAGCAGUCAGAAGAUAUCUAGUGUAGAAACCUAUCGUACUUGAGGAGACUCACAUCCACAGUAUGCGGAGAAGAAACAGCCAUACACGACUAAGCGCUGUGUAGAGCAAGCUCGAUGGAAGAGUUUACUGACAAAGAGGGUAUUUAACAUCAAAACAGACUUUCAAACAAUUGCUUCUCUUGAAGAUCCUUCAAAAUGGGAAACACAUAUCCAUCUCUAUGAAAUGAUUUGGGUGAAGCUGCACUGAUGAAAGAGUGUGGGUGGCUAAGAUGACUUUGAUGGGUCCUUGUAACUUGAGGAUUCAGUGUUCCUGCAGGAGUGAUGGAAAUCAGGGAAUAGGAUCUCCUGCAAAAUAUUCACAACUCUUUGAAAUGGAAAUUAUGCUACUCCAAUUUAGGCAGCGAAUUAAAGCAACUAUUUUUAUUCAGGGUGUUCGUAGGGUGUGCUCCUGCCUGUUUGAAGUGGCAGUGAAGGAGGCAGGCAGGCAGGCAGGCAGGCGUGCUUUUUCCUGGAUAAAGCAGGAGCUGGCUCAGCCUGUUCUCAUCUUUACUUAGCACCUGCUGGCUUGAAGCGGUGUCACCCCAGCAAUCAGACGGUGGAUGUGCCAGGAGGCUGACCUCCAGUGUCUACCCCCCCUCCUCCCACACCCCAUGACGGCCUGUCCUGAUAUAGGUGGACAGGGGACUGGUUUAAAAUGACAGUCUCAAGUUCAAGUAGGAAGAGAGGCUAAUUUGAAGAAACAGCCAGGCAAGCUUCCUUUCCUGGUAGGAAUGAUUACCACCCCGCUUCGCCAUGGCCCACCUGGGAGCCCAUUUUGCCUUUAGAUCCCGCUGGCAGAAGACCGAUGAUGAACUCUGUCGACACAGCAUGUCCUUUAUCCUUCACAAAGCCAUUCGCAAUGACUUCUUUCAGAGCUAUCUCUACCUGCUGGAGAAGAUAUCCCUGGUGAAACUGUAUGCUUUGACAAGCCAAGUUAUCGACGGUGAAAUGCAGUUCUAUGCCAGAGCUAAACUUUUCUACCAAGAAGUACCGGCCACAGAAGAGGGUAUGAUGGGAAGUUUUAUUGAACUCUCAAACCCAGAUGUCCAGGCCUCUCAGGAAUUUCUUAGGAAAUUUGUUGGGGGGCCGGGGAAAGCUGGAACAGACUGUGCCUUGGACUGCGGCUCUGGGAUUGGAAGGGUCAGCAAGCAUGUCUUACUGCCGGUUUUCAGCAGUGUGGAACUCGUGGACAUGAUGGAGUCUUUCCUCCUGGAAGCUCAGAAUUACCUGCAAGUCAAAGGGGACAAGGUAGAAAGUUACCACUGCUACAGCCUGCAGGAAUUCACGCCCCCAGUCAGGAGAUAUGAUGUCAUCUGGAUUCAGUGGGUCUCCGGGUACCUGACAGAUAAGGACCUUCUUGCAUUUCUGUCCCGGUGCCGAGAUGGCCUGAAAGAAAACGGUGUCAUCAUACUGAAGGACAAUGUGGCGCUGGAGGGCUGUGUCUUCGACCUCUCUGACAGCAGCGUGACUCGGGACAUGGACAUCCUCCAGAGCCUCAUUAGGAAGAGUGGGCUGGUCGUGUCGGGCCAGGAGAAGCAGGAGGGUUUUCCCGAGCAUUGCAUCCCGGUGUGGAUGUUCGCCCUGCACAGCAAUGGACACCCCUAGCCUGCGCUGGGAAUGGCCUGCUGGACUGCGCACUGGUGCCUGGUGACCAAGGUGCUUUCCUUCAUGGUGCCCUUGUAACUGUGAGGGGGAUGGAGAGAAAGGAUGCCCUGCAUGUCUGGAAAUGAUGGCUGGUGUACAAGUUUUCGUGAACGAUACAAGUACACGCACACUGGAUUUUCUGUAACAAGAGGCCAGUGAAACAUCAUAGAAAAAUGCUUUAAGCGCUUGAAUACACCUAAACUGUACAAGUGGCACAAAGACAGAGAAGGGAGCAACGCGCACAAAUUCUAAACUGCCUUGGUUCCUGAAGAUAUGCAUUAUAUAGUGGUCCAGGAUGGGUGAGGGAAGCCUCAAACCUCUUCACCUUCUCCCCUUCCCCUGCCCUCACAGCAGCUACCUUCGGGAUAACCACUUCUCUUGGAUAAAAACAUCCCCUCAGUUAAGAGGGCACUAGUCUAAAUAAUCGUAGGAAAACAAGACCAUUACUGAAUUUUGGCUUUAGCCUUUCUCUUGGCAGAAAAAGUAGAUGAUUUCACUUUCUAUUUUGGGUCAGUAUCAUUACCCAGUGAUGUAAUGUAGAUGUAAUUUGAUAACAGAACUCUGGGUUUCAGUGUUGAGAAAGUGUGUCCUUUCAGGAGAAAAUGUACCCCUGAAAUUUCAGCCUUGAACAUAUAAGCAAAUGUCACCAAUAAUUUAAUUGUAGCCAUUGGCUUCCAACACUGCUUGCUUCGUUGCUGCUGCCCGUUUCCUUGAUUAAUAUGAGUGUACAGUGGGAAGAGAAGUAGCAAAGGAAAUGGACAAGGAAAUGAUAAACCUGAAAAUUGAAGCAGCUGGAUUAAUUUAUGGCAUGGGUUUAAUUAAAAAUAAUUGAAACCUUUUAAAAACAAAAAUAUAAUUCAAUUGUUAUUGUCAGUAUGUUUAAAUGUAACUGCUGUUGUCUCCAAUUUCUUCAUGUUGAGAAACACGUGUGCUUUGUUAUACAUGUUGAGUCUUCUAUGAAAUGCAAAGAAUCAAAUGCAGUAAAGAACGGGUACACUAUCUCCAUAAAAAUCAAGUUUUCCAGUCUUAACUCUAACUAAGGAAGAGAAUGAUUAUAAAAUGUAGCAUAACUUUGGUAGCUUCAUUUAUUGUGUUGGAAAAUUACAUCCAGCACACCCACCUUACCUCCACUGACUUCCAGCAGCUAUAUGGUCCAACGGUUAGAACCAUUGGUGGGCAAGCCAGAGACGAGAAUUAAAUUAAAUGGUGAACAGAUCAAAUAGGGCAAAACAAAUGUACUCUUGCCUUUACCAUCUGUGAGCUUUGGGACAAAAUGGUGGAAUCUUCUUUUUAGGUCUAUCCCAGAAAUUUUCUUUUAUACUAGUAUGUUUCAUUCUCUUGACUUUCUGCUUUGCCAGUAUCCAGACACUGAUUUACACAAUUGUCAAUUUUCUCUCCUCCUGGGUUUCUGAGCUUAUGGAGGAGAUAACAGAAUUGUCUGGUGGAUAUAAAUAUGACCUUCAACUCAGCGGGGUCUUUGAGGCUGAUCAACAGCCCCUUUUCUCUUCCUAAGUCAAGUCCUGUACCAUUCCCCUUAGAAAAUUUUCAGAUCUUUAUUGCUCUAAACAGGUUCCCAACUCCCCACCUAUCUUUAAUUUAACUGAGAAAAUAGAAGUUAGGGAGCACAUUGCAUGAAUCGUCAGCCCCCACCCCCACUGUUAGCAGCAGGUCCAAUGUAAAGGAAAGAGGAGACGGAGAGGAGAGUCAGUCAGCCAUCGGCCGGAUAAUGGAGCCUAAAAGGUCAUGUUAAGGUUCAGAGAAGUUAUUCAAAGAACUAGGAGGCAGUUCUUGAAGAGUGCAAGUGGGGGACAAAGUUUUCUUGCCUUGGGAGUGAAGUCAUAUACACUGUGGAAAUGAAGACAUUUUGAGUGAGACUUACUCCGGCCAUCUUCAGUCUAAUUCUGUAAGCUGAAAACACUGCUGAUGUUUAUCAACACAUCCAGAAGAAGGUGGCUGGGAGGUUUACCCAGGGUUUGACAGGUAUGGCGCACGCCCUGGGCGCAGCUUGAAGGGAGGGAAGGCACCAAUGAGCAGUGUCUAUUGGCCCAUCGCAGUUUCCACCACCAGCUGUGAGAGAUCCUUCAGCAUUUUAAAACUAAUUGCUAUAGGUGCUGUUUUCCACAGACACACUGCUGGUCACCCCGGUAAGCGACAGCCUGCAUUAAUCCCCAAACACUGGUUCAUAGUCCUGCUGCCUCAGAGUCACCUGGAGGAACUUUUACAAAAGAGAGAUUCCCAGGCUCCAUCUCCAUGAGAGUCUGGAUCUGUGACUGUGAUCAGAUAAUUUGUAUUUUUUAAGAGGUCUCAAAUUGAUUUCUGAUCAUUCAUUUUGUUUGAGGACCUGAAGGGAAAAGGUGUGGAGAUGGACUCAGCCAUAGAAGGAUAAGGUGCAGCAGGCAGGAGUGUGGGCCAGUCUCAGGGAGAUAGCUGAAUGAUUAAAUGCGCUUCUCCAGCCCAGUGCCGGUCUUUCUAACAUACGAAUCUGACCAUACAAACCUUAGAUGACUCCCCAGCACCUACAGGGUGAACCCCCUGUCUUCAGCAUGGCCUGUAGCCCUGGCUUCCCUCUCCCCAGCACCUACAGGGUGAACCCGCUGUCUUCAGCAUGGCCUGUGGCCCUGGCUUCCCUCUCCCCAGCACCUACAGGGUGAAACCCUGUCUUCAGCAUGGCCUGUAGCCCUGGCUUCCCUCUCCCCAGCACCUACAGGGUGAACACGCUCUCUUUAGCAUGGCCUGUAGCCCUGGCUUCCCUCCCAGCCUUGUUUCUGCCACAUUCCCUGCCGCUGUACUUAAAUGUUUGUAGUUCCCUAAAGGAGUCAUGACUGGUGACACAGCGUAUUUAUAGAUAUUACUUUCAUAACCUGGGACAUCUUUCGUUCUUUUUCGUCUGGCUCAGAAUGCUUAGAUGUCACUGACCUCAGGAAAGCUUCCCUCGAUCCUGGUGCAGGGUUAGGUAUCCCCACUACGUGCUACUCUCACAUCCUCUACUAACAUAUCACAACCCUCAUCCCAUGGCAUUGGAGUCCCUGGGUGGUGCAAAUGGUCAACAUAUUGCUAACUGAACGGUUGGUGGUUCAAGUCUACCCAGAAGAACCUCAGAAGAAAGGCCUGGCAAUCUACUGCUGAAAAAUUAGUCAUUGAGAACCCUAUAGUUCUACCCUGUCACACGUGGGGGUCAUAAUGAUUUGGAAUUGACUCGAGGGCAGCUGGUACUGGUAUCCCAUGGUAUUAUAAUUGCCUAUUUACCAGCCAUUUCCUCCCUUACAUUCUGAGCUCCUCGAUGGAGCAUUCAUGGUAACAUUCUCAGUCCCUACCACAGGCCGUACCUCAUACACUGCAGCUAGUCAAAACUUCUGUUCAAAGACUGAAAGGUGAUGUUAAAAGCAGAAAGACACAGGGUAAUCUAGAGUUUGGAGGCAUCAAACAGGAGUCAGAGCAAAUCAGCAGGAAAAACCAAGGGCUUCCAAAAUUCUGUAGCAACGAGAUGUACCAGUCUGGUCAAAGCGGUGAUCAGCGGUGCAAGCUGGCAGGAACCAGGAAAUUUUUAGACAGAGAAGGCAGUGGGCUCAGUGCUCGGCAAGCAGCUGGGAGGAGUUUAUAGCCAGAGGAUUAGGCCCUGAAAUAAAA